AAAAAAAAAAAGAAGAAGAAGAUGAAGAAGGCCUCCAACGGAAAGCUUUAAUGGGUCCUACAUACGUCCUUAGCUAUCCGCACGCGUCAUUCCCCUUCUCCAAUAAUAUUUAGAAGCACUCUGUCUCGCAUUGUUUCAAUUCAAAACUGAAGACAACAAGAAAGUAGAAAAAGCUAAAUAGAUUCUCUUGCCGGAAUAUUCUUUUGUUUUUUCAGGAAGUGAAACGAAAAAAGGCUUAGAUUUUAAUUCAAAGCAUUGUUUGUGUUUGUGUGUUGUCAUGCAUCUUGUCCGUGAGAAUCUAUUUAUUGGAAACAUAGGGGAUGCUGCUCAAGUUCUGCAAAAUGAUAGCGCAGAGAUCACACACAUUCUAUCAGUUUUGAGCUCUGCAUCAAUAUCAUUUUUCUCUGAAUGGCGCAGUGGUCUCACAAUCCCUACCAAGGAAAUUAAAAAGGUUUUUGUAGGAGGGUCUGGUGGUGCUGCAGCUUCUGGGGAUCAUGUAGAUGAUGCUUCUAAGAGUUCUUUGUCACCCCAGAAGCUGUUGUACUUGUUGGAAUAUGCAGGAAAGGAUUUAAAGCUGGUGAGAAUGGCAGUGCCAAUUAGAGAUAUGGAGAGUGAGAAUUUGUUGGAUUACCUAGAUGCAUGUUUUGAUUUUAUUGAUCAAAGCAGAAAAGAGGGAUCUGUUUUGGUGCAUUGCUUUGCUGGAGUGUCAAGAAGUGCGGCUAUUAUUACAGCUUAUUUGAUGAGAACUGAGCAACUAUCUCAAGAAGAUGCCCUUGAAUCUCUAAGACAAACCUGUGAGUUUGUUUGCCCCAAUGAUGGGUUUUUAGAGCAGUUGAAAAUGUUUGAAGAAAUGGGUCACAAGGUUGAUCACAGUAGCCCAGUAUACAAGCGAUUUCGCCUAAAAGUGUUGGGUGAUUGUUAUAACCGUGGAGAGAAAAUAGACAGUUCUAAAUUAGGUGCUGAUCCUGGCUUGCCUACUGAAAGUUCCUCUGUUAUGGAAGCACCUCCAAAAGAAGGAACUAAUCGUACUGCAUACCGCUGCAAGAAAUGCCGAAGAGUUGUGGCAUUGCAGGAGAAUGUUGUUGAUCAUAUUCCAGGUGAGGGUGAGACAUCUUUUGAGUGGAAUAAACGGAGAAGUGGUAACCCUUUCAACAAGUCUGUUCAAACCGAGUGUUCAUCAAUAUUUGUUGAGCCCUUGCGGUGGAUGACAGCAGUUGAGGAAGGUGCAAUAGAGGGGAAGUUGUCAUGUGCUCAUUGUGAAGCUCGGUUGGGUUAUUUCAAUUGGUCGGGCAUCCAAUGCAGUUGCGGAAGCUGGAUCACCCCUGCCUUUCAGCUGCACAAAAGCCGGGUGGACAUCAGCACUGUGUAGAGCUCAAGUGCUUGCUGGUCUUUCCAACAAGAAUUAUUGAAUUAUAGAAGAAAAAUGAGGUGUUAAAAGGUCCUCAUGUUGGUUUAUCUGCUACCUCUACAAGUUUGAGAGAUUGUAUGAACGCAGUCUUGCGUUGUGGUGCACAGUCGAAGUUGUAAUUUGCAUUUUGGCAAUUCUUAGUUUUAGAUUAUGCUGUGGUGAGGCUUUCUAUAAUUAAGAUUUUUACUUUUCAGCGUGAAACAUCUUUAAAACGAUUUCAAUGAUAAAUAAUAUUAUCUAGGGCAAGCUAAAGACCUGCUGUCAGUAUUCUCACUUUUAGAAUACACUUUUAGUUAGGGUUGUCAACAGGGUACUCGGUAAUUUUGAAAUACCCUAUCCCUAACUCUAUUAAUA